AUGACCGACUCACCACCCAAGCGCCAGCUGCACCUAACAGCCUUCAUGCGGCCAGUCUCACUACACACAGGUGCAUGGCGCUAUCCAGGUUCAUACCCAGAUGCCAACUUCAAUUUCAAACACCUCACACACUUCGCCCAAAAGCUGGAAGCUGCCAAGUUCGACGCCUUCUUCAUGGCCGAUCACUUAGCCGUGCUGAACAUGCCCGUCGAAGCUCUCAAGCGCAGCCACACUGUUACUUCAUUCGAACCAUUUACUUUGCUCUCCGCUCUCUCUUCCGUGACAGAGAAAAUCGGCCUUGCCGCCACUGCUAGUACAACCUACGACGCGCCGUACCAUGUUGCCCGGCGAUUUGCCAGUCUAGAUCAUCUGAGUGGUGGACGAGCGGCGUGGAAUAUUGUGACUACGGGUAACCCCGAGUCAAGCCAUAAUUUCGGGUUUGAUGAACAUUUGGCUCAUGGUGAUCGAUACAAGCGUGCCCGUGAAUUCUAUGAUGUCGUCACGGGGCUGUGGGAUAGUUUUGCCGACGAUGCAUUUACUCGCAAUGUUGAAACGGGAGAAUAUUUCGAUCCUGCGAGAAUGCAUGUGCUGAAUCAUUCGGGUGACGAGUUGAAGGUUCGAGGGCCGUUGAAUAUUGCCCGGACACCGCAGGGAUGGCCCGUUAUUGUACAGGCCGGGCAAAGCGAGCCGGGACGACAGCUAGCUGCUGAGACUGCCGAGGUUGUGUUUUGCAGUCCGAAGGGUAUUGAUGAUGCGAAGGCACUUUAUGCAGAUAUCAAGGCGCGAGUGGAGAAGGCGGGGCGGAAGAAGGACCAGUUGAAGAUUUUACCCGCGGCAAUGAUUAUUGUUGGGGAUAGCAAACAAGAUGCGCAGGAGAAGAGACUCAAGUUGGAUAGUCUGGUGCAUUACGAUAGUGCGAUUGCUUCUUUGUCAAUCUCCCUUGGGGUGGAUGUCAGUGGACUUGAUCCGGAUAGUUUGUUGCCGGACGAUCUGCCUGAGACAAAUGCGAGCAAGACGAGCAGGGAGUCUGUUGAGAAGCUGGCUAAGGAAGAGGGACUGACAAUCCGCCAGCUUGCGCAACGAUAUGGUGGAUACUCGGGGUUGACAUUCCUCGGUUCGCCGAGUGAUAUUGCUGAGGAGAUGGAGACAUGGUUGCGCGAAGAGGCUUCAGAUGGCUUCACAUGCACAUUUCCAUUCUUGCCACAGGGUCUGGAAGAGGUGACAGAUAGGUUGGUUCCUGAACUCCAGCGAAGAGGCCUUUUCCGCAAUGACUAUACGGGCUCGACGCUGCGAGAACACUUUGGCCUGCCGAGACCUGAGAAUCGUUUCUUUACUGAGAAAUCGUAA